AGGUCUUCCUGUAGCCCAGCUGGCCUGGAACUCGCUAUGUAUACGAGUGGCCUAGAUCUCACAGAAAUCCACCUCGUGCCUCUGCCUCCCGACAGCUGGGUAGAGGGACUGAACUAUUUGUUUCCUGUUCUGGAAGUUCACGCUGAUCUUGUAUAUCUGCACUACCUGCCUUCAGCUGACGAGGGCGCCAUGGGGGGGGGGCGGUCAAAGGCCUUUAAACGCCUCUCGCACUCCGUAGUGGCGUGCUCGCGUCAUCACGGCGGCCGCGGCGCAGGCGCACUGUCGAGGCCUUGGCUCUUGCCUUGGCUCUGUUGUCGUUCUGGAUCCUGCGGUGUCUUCUUGUGGCCCUGAGGUCGCCCCUCUGGCCGCGCUGGCCCGGUUGGCGUUGGGUGAGCGGCAUCCCGGGGCCCACAUGAACCAGUGGCAUCACGCCCGCGGAGGCCGCAGUCGGGGCCGGGACUUCUCUGGCCGUGCCCCACCCAAGAAGAAGGGCAGAAACCACGUCCCGGAAAGGUGGAAAGACUAUCUCCCAAUUGGACAGCGGAUGUCCGGGACUCGUUUCAUUGCUUUCAAAGUCCCUUUGCAAAAGAAAUUUGAAGUGAAUCUUGCUCCAGAAGAAUGUUUUUCUCCUUUGGAUCUUUUUAAUAAAAUUCAAGAACAAAAUGAAGAACUUGGAUUGAUAAUUGAUUUAACAUAUACUCAGCGCUAUUAUAAAGCAGAGGAUUUGCCAGAAACUAUUUCUUACAUAAAAAUUUUUACAGUUGGGCAUCAGGUACCCGAUGAUGACACUAUUUUUAAAUUCAAACGUGCAGUUAAAGAGUUUUUAAAGGAAAAUAAAGAUAAUGACAAACUUAUUGGUGUCCACUGUACCCAUGGUUUAAACAGGACUGGUUACCUCAUCUGUAGAUAUUUGAUUGAUGUAGAAGGCAUGAGGCCAGAUGAUGCAAUUGAAUUAUUCAAUAGGUGCCGGGGGCACUGCAUAGAAAGACAAAACUACAUUGAAAACCUUCAGAAAGGUCGUGGCAGAAAGAACCGGAACUCUAGCACAUCUAGGUCAGGUGUUUUUGAAGACUCAGCACAUCUCAUGGAACAAGUACCGACCACUAACAAGCCUGUGAACCAAGGACCUAGGAACAACCGGCCUGGUGGUCAUCUACCACCUUCUCGGCAUUUUCACACCCAGACCCAAAACUCACAGCAGUCAUUCAGUAAAGGAAGAUUUUAGAAUGGGUGAACUAUUAACUUGCCUUGCAAAUUACUUUUUUAAACCUGCCUUGUUUUCCCUCUGUCUUUCUUCUGACUACAUUUUGGUAUGGGGGUGUGUCGAUGCAGAAAUUUUUAGUGUUUUUAUCAUGUUCUAUUACUGACCAAAUCUUUCUGGGCAUCAUUUUCCCUAAGUGUUCAAACUUUCUAUUAAAAAUCUACCCAGGAGACAUUUUUUAAUUAAUUAAUUAAUUUUUGCAUCUACACUCCCCAUACUUGUAGCAUUUCUGUGAUUAGGUAUCCUUUCUUUGCCAGUCAGUUGUGGGAUAUGACCAACUUCUUUUCACUGAACUGCCAGAAGCCAUCUAAUGAGUGGACAUGUAAAAUGUUAGGUAUUGAUUGCCAGGUCACACAGGAGUAAUCUGACUGAUAAACCAGAGUGCUAGUUAAUUAAGUUAUUUACCUGGGAGGGUAACUGUCACCAACAGGUAGAACUUGUCCAGAAGGCUUGACGAUAUCUUUAGAUUUUUAAAGGUUAAACAGAUUAGGACAUAACCAUUAAUCCUAGGAUUUAUGGGAAGACUUGAGGAUGUUAUUGCUCCUUUAUUGAACUUUGUGGUCCAGGAUCUCUCUCAGUUGCUUCCCAUACUGGAAUGGUGCUCUUUCUCUGGAACAUACAACAGGCUGCUUGGAAGGGUGCUAAUUACUUCAGCUUACUCAGGAAGUGACUCAUUAUCAUGACAUGUAGUAAACCUCAGCGAUUGUUUGGUGAACACUUGGGCAAACGUGGCUUCAAUUUUAAAGCCUCUGAUUUUGAGGAUUUGUAUCAUUGAUGCUACACAGGAUAGUUUCUCUUCUCUCUCAUAUGCAAACGUGCAGCUGGCCUUUCAGGAAGUACUUGUAAUUCAUCUGUUCUCCUUGCCUCUGGCUAAUUUGCUCAGUCAAGUUGCUGUACAGCCAAGUGAUGGCUCCUAAAGUUUUCAGUUCACCACAUUUAAUGGAGAUACAAAGGUCCUUCUUGCUAUAAGGCUCCUCCUGCAGACUUCUCCAGGAUGUACUAUAAAGGUUCAUAUUGGAAGAAACUGGAGCAGACAGUUGUGAGGCAAAAAAGGAAAAGAGCAGGGGUAGGAACAAAAGUUCAGCCAUCUCACAGAUGUAAACAACAUCCUGACAGCAGCUUCUGAGGACACUGCCAACAGAGGGCCAUCACAUAAGCUCUGCCACUUUCAAAACUUAUUUCUGAUCCUUGUCCUAUUUCUCCCCACUUUUGUUAUCAACACGGCCUUGUUAAAAACCAUGUUUACCAUUGGAUAUCUAGUGACUCUGAUAUUCUUGCAUAUGCUGGUCUGGCUCUUGUCAGAUGGCUUCCACACCGUUAAAAGGCCUCUAGUGAAAGGAAGCAGUAGCUUCCUUUUUAAAAGAAAUUCUAAUGGUCUAUGUAGGCUUUUAUUUGUUUAUUUAUUUUUGUCUUUUUGAAGCAGGGUCUCCCUGUAGCCCCAGCUGUCCUGGAACUCACUAUGUAGA